UCUUCUUACCCCCACCUUCCUUCAAGGAACUCAAAGUCACCUCGGAUUACAUUUGGAAAUCUGUAGACGCCCAUCUACGCGUCCAGGAAGAUGUAGACUCGCCACAUCUGCCCAGCCAAGAGCAAUCGACCAACCAAGAUCACGAAAACCAUGAAGAAGGAAGUUUCAACACUUUCUCUCAACCAAGUUUUGCGGUGGACGCGCCCAAGAAAAGCCAGCCUCUCACUCAAGCUAGUGAACAAUUUUCCGGACUAUAUGCAAAUGAUAUAUUCAUGGAUUUCGAGGAGGAUAACGAUACCAUGAAAGGCGUUGAGCGAGCCGACUCGGAACCCCUAGACUCGUCUCAGAGUACUGCGUCUCAGCCUAAUCAAAAUCAGCCUACCAUCUUAUCCGAGAAUCCUCUGGUUUUACCUUCACAAGCGUCGUCCGAAGAACCCUCAAUAUCGUUAGAUGAGAGCAUAUCCUUCAACAGCGUCUCGGAGCUUUCGGACACUUCCAUCCAUAGAAUGCCCACAUUUCGAAUACCGCUUCACCGCGCCACCGCUCUGAAGUCUAUGUUGCAAGGUCGGGCACCUCGGAAUGCCGAUUCCAGAAAGGUCUGCACUUUGGUGGGAGUGAUAGACAUCGACGGGCCAGAUAUGGUUCGUAUAAAAAAAGGUAAAGAUGCAGGAAAGGAGGUUGGAUUGUUGAAGAUCAUCAUGGCGGAUGCGGACGGAUCCAUUGUUCGAUUGACCAUAUGGAGAUCCUUGGCUCAAACAUGGGACAUACAAUACAAUAUCGAGAGCGAUGGAUCACUCACCUGCACAGGCUCCGACACUCUCAAGUCUAAGAUGACCGUUUGCUAUCGCUUGCUUCCUGUAACUCGGGAAGAUAGAAAGCUGAGACCUGAUCUCCGACUGGCAGAACUCGACCCCGG